AUGAAUGCUACUGUCAAACUAUGGCUGAACGCAGGCUCCUUUGCCCUGCGAAGUUUUUGCCUUGUACAUGUUAUACACUCGCACUUCUACGAAUUUACAGAGACCAGAGGCGAAUCCAUGCUUCCCACCCUAGCUGCAACCAGCGACUAUGUGCACGCAUCCAAGAAGUACAGGAACGGAAGGAAUUGCCAAAUAGGAGACUGCAUAGUCGCCGUAAAGCCCACUGAUCCAUACCAAAGAGUAUGCAAAAGAAUAACGGGGAUGCCUGGAGACUACAUACUGAUUGACCCCAGUGCAAAGGAGGGCGCAGAUUUGGAUGUCCAGGCUUUUGAUUCGUAUAUUCGGGUCCCACCCGGCCAUGUAUGGCUGACAGGCGAUAACUUAUCACAGUCCCUAGACUCCCGCACCUACAAUUCGCUUCCCAUGGGCCUUAUAAAAGGCAAGAUAGUAGCAGCCAACGAUUUCAACAAGCCGUUCUGGCAAGACGGUGCGCUUUUGGGUUUCCGAAGAAUCAAAAACACAUAUUUGGACGAGGUUUGA